AGAACUAUUUAUUUUCUUAACAUGUUACUAUAAAAACAGCGGGAAAUGAAACAAAGGAAACCCAGUCGGGUGGGUGUCGUUCAAACAUGGAGUGAUGGGUGGAGCUAUAAUUUAAGGUCCCGUGAUUGGCUCUCGUUCCAGUUCAGUAACGCCUUGAAUGAUCCAAUUAAAUACAAGUUUAUGGGUCUGACCAAUGACAACUCGGAAUCACGAGGUCCCACAGAAUUAGCAUAGACGAGUGAAUAAAAAGCCCUGUAUGAUUUCAGUCCGCUACUGAUUUCUGAGAGAUUGAAUCGGAAACAUCAUCAUGCCCGAACCAGCGAAGUCCGCGCCGAAGAAAGGCUCCAAGAAGGCCGUCACCAAGACCGCAGCGAAAGGAGGAAAGAAGCGCAGAAAGUCCAGGAAGGAGAGCUACGCCAUCUACGUGUACAAAGUGCUGAAGCAGGUUCAUCCUGACACCGGCAUCUCUUCGAAGGCGAUGGGCAUCAUGAACUCUUUCGUCAACGACAUCUUCGAGCGCAUCGCCGGUGAGUCGUCUCGUCUCGCUCACUACAACAAGCGCUCCACCAUCACUUCCCGAGAGAUCCAGACCGCCGUGCGUCUGCUGCUGCCCGGGGAGCUGGCCAAACACGCCGUGUCCGAGGGCACCAAGGCCGUCACCAAGUACACCAGCUCCAAGUAGAGCAGUCCGACCCCGAGACACACCCCAAAGGCUCUUUUAAGAGCCACCCAUCCACUCACUCGAAGAGCUUCUUAUUUUAAA